UUGGUAAGUAUCAUUUCCUAUUUAUUACUAUUCUAAAGGCAUAACUCAGUAUCAUCAACAACUAACAGCCUAGUCUUUCACCCAAGAUACAAAUCAGCGAAAUGGACGGCUACUGGAUGCAGCCCCAACCAGGACGAAACCCUGUCAUUAGGGACUCUUUCCUCGGGACACUGGGCUACAACGAAUCUGGUCCUUGGGAAGAAGCACUUGAUCUGUAUAAACCGCGGAUCAGCUGUCCUACUCUACCACAGGAUUCGUUGCCCGCCCCCUCCACCGACCUGCGGGCCCUCGACUUCCUCAAACUCGGAGAUGUCCCACAGGCCUCUGAUCAGUUGCCCAUCACUCCUCCAACUGAUCAGUCAAGCCAAUUGCUUGAACAGGCUGUGGGACUGCCGGCUCAGCGAACGACAACAUCACCACAAACCGCGGGGCAAAAGCGCAAGGCCAGCGUUGUAGCUGGUUCAAGCCAAACCCCGGAAUCAGGUGAGUCGGUCCAGGCUAGCCAAGAAGACCGACCAAGGAAGAGGGCUCGCCAGGUCGGACAUAAAUCGUGCAAAGCGUGCCGACAACAGAAGCGCAAGUGUUUCACCGACAACAACUCAGCCACUUGCACUUACUGUGCCAAGACGGGAACCGCAUGCGACAGAGAUGGUGUCGACAACCGUACUAACCAAACGAAGAUCGACCAGCUGCGUGCCGAGCUCAGGGAAUACUAUUCAGUCACCUGGGAGUUUCUCACUGUCUUGAAACUCCUGGGACCUGAGCACGUCGAUACGCCACAAGGUCAAGAGGUGCUCAGAUUACACCAACGUGGUUUGAGCCCUUCGAAAAUCAUGGAGUAUGCCGGCACAGACAUGCCUCAGCCUCCGCGCAUCAAGCCAAUUGAUCAAUUUUGCAAGCCGUACGAAAAGCUAUCGGAGGUACGCAAGGCUAUCAAGGACGCCAAGUCUUGCAUACUCCGACUGCUUUGCUGCCUUCACCAGGCUUGCAUCGGCGUGCGCGAGGGCUCGCUCAACGGCCUAGAGGUCGAGCUAGUGGUGGUAAGUGUCAUGGAGGGUACACUCGAUGAUGAAGUUUCAGAGCCCGAAAUUGAAGCAGCAGUUCGGAGCCUAUACAAGGACGGGUUCAAGCCAUCAACACAGGCACUCGAAGUGGCCCCGAACUGUUGCAACUUUGUUUCACUGGCGUAAUCUUGAACAGCAGUGACACAAGGGGGUUUCUGGAAAAUUCAUCGCUACCAACUCUUCGACAUCACCACUUGCCUUGGCACCGGCAUAACUCCAGCAUCGGCAGCGCAUCUUCAGCAUCGACUUCUAUUCGGAUUUGACACAUCUUCGGCAUGGACAUAUCUUCGGCAUCGGCACGGCUUUAGCAUCGGGGAAAGCAGGUCGUCAGCACCACAGCAUCGGGGUCGGGGUCCGCAUCGGCAUAGUAUCAGGGUUAGGAUCGGCAUCAGGAUAUCAUGGGGCACGGCAUCGGCAUAGCACCGGCAUGGUUCUCAUGGAUAUACGAGGUUUUCAAAU